AUGGCUACUAAUAUAAUACCGCAAUCUCAACCAUUAACCAGCGAUCAAGUACAAAAUAAUGCUGGAGGAUUUACUUGGACUGUUGAUGAUCUUCAACGGCUUCGACGAUUUCUUUGUUUGGGUAGUGAAGGUGGCACAUAUUAUCAGGGUGAAAAAGAGCUUGGUAUUGAAAAUGCUGCAGCUAUGCUCAGAUUAAUUCAGGAUGGUCGUGGUGUUGAAGUUGUCGAUACAAUCAAAACUUAUUCUCUUGAAGGACGUACAUCAAAACAAAAUACUAUUAUGUUUGCGUUAGCACUUUGUGCCAAAUCUACCGAUUUACCGACAAAACAAGCAGCUUAUAAUGCAUUACCUGAAAUUUGCCGUAUUCCCACUCAUUUAUUCAUGUUUAUUAAAUAUGCUCAUGCUCUUGGCCAGAAUUGGGGUCGAGCUCAACGUCGUGCUGUAUCAAAAUGGUAUACCGGACAAAACCCAAGUAAAUUAGCUAUGGCUAUAACAAAAUAUCAAAAUCGUGAAGGCUAUUCUCAUCGUGAUAUACUUCGUUUGGCACAUCCGGCUACGAAAGAUCCUUUACUCUGUUUUCUAUUUGAUUAUAUUACUCAUGGAUACACGAAAGCGGUUGAAAAUUUAAAUAAGCCAAAAGAAUCAACAAAAGACGAUCAGAGUAAUGAUACUACAAUGGAAACCAAUCCGGAAGCAUUAGAAAAACCAGCAAACUUAGCUGAUGAAAAUGAGGAAAAUGAAGAAAUAAUUAAUAAGAAAUUUGUUACUAUAGAACAAUUAAAAGAAUUCAUAGAAAUAGUUGAAAAAGCUAAAACCUCAACCGAUGAACAAGAACUUAUCGCUGCUAUUAGACAACACCAUCUUGUUCGAGAACAUUUACCAACAAGUGUACUUGGUUCAAAAUCUAUUUGGUCAGCAUUAUUAGAAAAUAUGCCAUUAACAGCUAUGAUUCGAAAUUUAGGUAAAAUGUCUGAAAUAGAUCUAUUAAAAGCAAAUAGUGACGCAGAAGGUCUUGUUGUUAAACGAUUAAAAAAUCGUGAACAAUUGCAACGAGCACGUAUUCAUCCGUUCAAUGUUCUUGUUGCUUUGGAAACAUAUAAACGUGGUAAAGGUUUCAAAGGAAAAUUAGAAUGGGAGAUUAAUUCCAAUGUUAAAACUGCAUUAGAAGAAGCAUUCUAUCUUUCAUUUAAAUAUGUCAAACCUACGAAUCAACGUUAUUUAAUUGGACUUGAUGUUAGUGGUAGUAUGUCAGGUUGUACAAUUAAUGGUUCACCAACUAUUACACCCGCCGUUGGUUCAGCAGCUAUGUGUAUGGUCACAGUUCGCACAGAACCAUAUACUAAGAUUGUGGCUUUUUCUCACCAACUUAUUCCUCUUGAAAUUUCAGCCGAAUCUAAACUUGAAAAUGUCAUGGAAACUACACGUGGUAUUUCAUUUGGUGCUACUGAUUGUGCGUUACCAAUGCUUUGGGCUAUUGAAAACAAAGAACAAAUCGAUGUAUUUGUGAUUUAUACUGAUAGUGAAACAUGGUUUGGUAAAGUCCAUCCAACAGAAGCGUUAAAAGCCUAUCGUCAACAGAUGAACCGUCCAAACGCGAAGUUAAUUGUUGUUGGAAUGCAAUCAAACGGUUUUACUAUUGCCGAUCCUAAUGACAAAGGCAUGUUGGAUGUCGUUGGCUUUGAUUCAGCCGCUCCACAAGUCAUGUCAUUAUUUGCUGAGGGAGAAAUUUAA